GCCUCCCCACAGGCUGCUGGGGAAAACAGAUCUCCUUGGCUGGUUGCUCCCCACCCCUUUUCUAACUGCGGUCCGUGGCUCACAGAUGGUGGCUGUAGUAACUGGUGCCAUAGGUGCCCUUGGAGAUGGUGACCCUUCCUUCAGGGGACAUCUGUAUCCUGCAGGAUGUCUAAGUUGGCACGUCCCAGCUCUCAGCAUCUUUCUUCAGCUCCACCAGGAUGUGGCCGACUUGGGCAGAAGGACAGCCCCACGAGGAUGAACACGAGGAGCAGCGUAACCAAGCCUUGGAGUCCUGUGGUCCGAGUGGGCAGCCAUGGCCCCGGCAGGGCACGCCCCCUCUCUGCAGCCUCAACUGGAUUGAAGAGUUCUAAGUCUUCAACCUCCUUGGCCUUUGAGUCCCGGCUCAGCAAGCUCAAGAGAGCCAGUAGCGAGGACAUGCUCAACAAACCAGGAGGAGGCAGCACUUCUGGGGCCAUCAGACUGAAGAAGACCGCGACGUCCGGAGCCAUCUCAGAGCUGGCCGAGAGCCGGCUGAGGAGCCACCCAGGGACUAGUACAACAACGAAACGGACAGGCAUUCCGGCCCCCCGGGAACUUUCGGUGACAACUUCAAGAGAGAGGUCUGUGCCACGUGGUCCCUCCAAUCCCAAGAAAUCAGUGUCCAGUCCAACUUCUCCCAGCAACCCUACUCCUGCCAAGUACCUGAGGACUACUUCCACAAAACCCAAGCAAGAGAAUGAAAGUGGGGAGAAGGCAGUGCUUGAGUCUCAAGUUCGAGAACUUCUGGCGGAAGCCAAAGCCAAAGAUAGUGAAAUCAACAGGCUGCGAAGUGAACUCAAGAAAUACACAGAGAAAAGGGCGCUGAGCCCCGAAGGAGCUGGUGUGUCAGACCCUGGUGUCGCUGUAACCCUGGUCCCCACAGGGGCCCCAGAACCUCUGAUCAGAGCCCUCGAGGAGAAGAACAAGGACUUUCAGAAAGAACUAGCCUUUCUAGAGGAAGAAAAUCGAGCCUUAAAGGAGAGACUGACCUACCUGGAGCAGUCUCCAAACUCAGAAGGGACAGUAAGUCACACUGGCGACAGCAGCUGCCCGACAUCCCUAACUCAAGAGUCAAGCUUCGGAAGCCCAACAGGACAGGAGCUGUCGAGUGACAUCGAGGAGUAUAAAAAAAGCUCCCAUGAAAAUGCGUUACGGACGUCGGGGUCUUCCAGCAGCGACGUCACCAAGGCCUCCCUGUCGCCAGAUGCCUCUGACUUUGAGCAUAUUCCGGCUGAUAUCCCCUCCCGACCCCUGUCCUCCAGCAGCAACCCCUUCAAGAGCUCCAAGUGCCCCACCACUAGCAGUUCCCCCAACAAUGCCAGCGAGCUCUCCCUGGCCUCCCUCACAGAGAAGAUCCAGAAGAUGGAAGAAAACCACCACAGCACCGCGGAAGAGCUGCAGGCCACCCUGCAAGAACUGUCGGAUCAGCAGCAGAUGGUGCAGGAACUGACAGCUGAGAACGAGAAGCUGGUGGAUGAGAAGACUCUGCUGGAGACAUCCUUCCAGCAGCAUCGGGAGAGAGCGGAGCAGCUGAGCCAGGAGAAUGAGAAACUCCUCAAUCUCUUACAAGAGCGAGUGAAGAAGGAAGAGCCCAGCGCUCAGGAGGGAAAGCUGCUGGAGCUGGAGCAGAAGUGCACGGACAUCCUGGAGCAGGGCCGCUUCGAGAGGGAGAAGCUGCUCAGCAUCCAGCAGCAGCUCACCUGCAGCCUGCGCAAGGUGGAGGAGGAGAACCUGGGGGCUCUGGAAACCAUCAAGCGCCUCAAGGACGAGAACGAAAAGCUGAACGGGGUCCUCGAAGUGGAGCGGCGUAACAACAGCGUGAUGGCGAAAACUCUGGAAGAAUGCAGAGUGUCCUUGGAAGAGUUGAAGGUGGAGAAUGGGUCUUUGAAGGCUCAUCUGGAGAGCGAGAAGCAAAAAACUGUAGCCACCAGUACCCCCGGGCAGAAGGCAGAGAGCUGUGAAAUCCAGGAACUGCUGAAAGUGGCCCGAGCCGAGAAAGAUCAGCUGGAACUAUCUUGCACUGAUCUCAGACAAGAGUUACUAAAGGCCAAUGCUGAAAUCAAGCACGUUUCAAGCUUACUGGCCAAGAUGGAAAAGGAUUACUCCGACCUGAAGGAAGUAUGUGACCGUCAAGCCGAACAGCUGAGCAGGACCAGCCUGAAGCUGCAAGAGAAAGCAUCAGAGAGCGACGCCGAGAUAAAGGACAUGAAAGAGACCAUAUUUGAGCUGGAGGACCAGGUGGAGCAGCACCGGGCCGUCAAGUUACAGAACAAUCAACUCAUUAGUGAACUAGAAAGUAAUGUGAUGAAGCUGGAGGAGCAGAAGUCUGACUUGGAAAGGCAGCUGAAGAUGCUGACAAAGCAGAUUAAGGAGGAGACUGAGGAAUGGAGGCGGUUCCAAGCGGACCUGCAGACCGCCGUGGUGGUGGCCAAUGACAUCAAGUGUGAGGCCCAGCAGGAGCUGCGUACUGUGAAGAGGAGGCUUCUGGAAGAGGAGGAGAAGAACGCCAGGCUGCAGAAGGAGCUGGGCGACAUGCAGGGCCACGGCAGCUCCUUGGUCUCUGUCAGCUAGCAGAGCACUUGGUGGAAGAAAGCCCAGCCCUUGCCAUGAUUGGAAACUACAGCCAUUUCUGUGUGAGAGGGGGAGUGUGUACAGGAGAACUUACCUCUUUACAAAGAGCCCAGUUAAUCUCCUUAGACCAUUCACUGUUGCCCACACAGUGAUUGCAACCAAGUCUCUUGACCGUUUUUCUACAUUUUGGAACCAACUCACUGCAUGAUUAAAGAUGAUCCUUCCCUCUUUUUGUUUUUUUCCUCAGAAGAUUCAGCCGUCUUUUAUUUGGAAAACAAAAUGGAGUUACUCUGAAAAAUCAGUAUGGCUGUUGUGAAGAAAAUGUCUUAGGUGCAGCUAGAGUGUUGGGAGAGAUUAGCAGCUUAGCACAUUCCAAGUGUGGUGAACGCAACCCAUGCUGGGGUUUCUUCUUGUUGGCAUUUAUUUUGAUGCUUCCUUUUGGAUAGGAUGUCUAAUGACCUUGGAAUUCACACUACUCAAUGCAAAAUAAGAAGCUGUCUGCAUGCUGCCUUACUCUUGAAGAAGUUAGAAGGUUCUGCUUCCUGCUAAAAAGUCUCACUUGAGCUUUUUCAAACUGGGGUCUGACUUCGUUGCCUCAUCUGAGACAAGCGGCUACUGAGCUCUGGUUUAACUUCCAAAAUAUUUGUUGGGCUAAACCCAGAUAGAUGUUUGGUUGGUGAUAAAGGAUGAACUUUACAUCAGCUAUGCAUGUAUGGUGACAGCGCUAAUUGUAGUCACUGAGAACUCAUGAACAGCAGCUACAACAAAAGCCUCAUGAAAAAACCUGCCCUGGAAGCUGUAAAGACUGUCAUUGCAGACAUGUACAAAACUCAAACUUGAACCUUUGGGACAUUCAACUUUUGGAUAUCCAUAUGCUUAUGAAAAUCUUUUCCCAAUUCAGCAGCCUCCACUGGGCAAAAACCUGCACUGCUUGUCUGAGGAGCUAGCUCACAGCAUUGAGUUGUUAGCUGCACAAUCCAAAGGAGAGAGCAGAACAAAAGUUAUUAUCCAAUAAAAGGAUAAUCAGGAAGAGGAAUGCUCUGCCAACUCAGGAAGAUGUUUUAGACUGUCAAACUGGAGAGUCCCAGUCACCAGAAAAAUUUUAACCUGACACGAGGAGGGGAAAAAAACUAUCCUAGCUGUUUUCUCCGUAAAAAUAAUGUAGACACUUGUACAGUUGUUAGUAGAGUUGAAAAUAAUAUUCCGAGAAGUCAAAAUGAUUUAAAAUCUGCUUGUCAGGAAUUUUCAAAAAUAAAAAGUAAGAAAAAUGCAACCUCAACUUGAAAAGGCAUAGCUGUCUUUGCACCUCAUAUUUUAAUCUGUCUUUACUCCAGGUACUGUUGGAUAUUUUUUAUAAAUGUUUAUGAAGUACUAAAUAAAUAUGCUGUUAUUUAGAA